CCGUAGGUAUAAGCGUAUAGAAGCGAGCCGCGCGAUCAGUUGAGCAUGAUAAUUAUUAGUGAUAACAUGUGAUCGUCGGUUAUGGUCGUGUGUCGUUUUCGUGGAAAAUUGUAGAUACACUUACAACCAACGAAGGAUUUACAUUCAACUAGACAUUUCAAAUUGAUUUCCCACAUUCGAAUAACCUUUCAAGCUAUGGAAGAUCCAAAAUUGAAACGACCGGAAAUCGUUAGCGACGAUUCGUUGGUACUAUACAGCAAUCAGUAUAGCUAUUAUUGCCAAAAGGUACUUUGGGCAUUGAAUGAAAAGCAUAUCAGCUUCACAAAGUAUGAGAUAGACGUCGCAAAUGAUGAACACUUCUCCGAGUGGUUCCUGGAGUUGAAUCCUCGCGGUGAGCUUCCGGUGCUGCAGAAAGGCCUUCUUGUUGUGCCGGGUUCCAGUCCAAUCUUGGCUUACUUGGAAGAAAAUUAUCCUAAAGACAAACCAUUGAAACUACCGCGGACAGCAGGCGGGAAGAUAGUUAACCUAAAAAACACCCUAGAGAAGCUUCCGAUAGGCGUAAUUACGAUGGGAUCGUUCCUUCAUCCGCGCACGGUGGUUUCUCCAAAAUCCCCCUUUGUUCAACCGGUUCGGUAUACCAUUUUGGAGCGUGACGAAACAACUAGUGGCCGUUUACGAGACUAUGCCAAGCUGUUCCCAGCGUUCAGUGAAGUCCUACUCCGGAAGGCUGACUUCCACGAUCGGAAACGCGAAGUGCUUGCCAGCGAACAGUACUAUCUGAAACUGCUGGACAUUUUGGAUGACGUUUUGGACAAUGCCGAAUCGGAACUGGCAAGAUCGAAUGACGAGGGCCCAUGGAUCACGGGCGGAGAGUUCACGUCCGUUGACAUUUCCCUCGGUUGUCUGCUGUAUCGUUUGUACGUGCUUGGUCUGGAGGACCGUUUUUGGACGGCCGGCAAAAGACCGGAGCUGGAGAUAUAUUUCAACAAAACUAUGGCCACCGAGAGUUUUCAGAAUACUUUGCCGACGAAAACGUCGCUGCUGAAAACGAUCUGGUUGAACACACCGUCAUCGUACAAGGCGGGCAUAGCGGCUUUUUCUUUCUCGUCGAUGAUCAUAGGAUCGACACUGCUCAAGAGAUGAGGGGCUUUCUUUUGUGUGGGUCAAAGACGUGCUGUUUUAGAAACUUUGGUAGAUUUAUUAUAAACCAUCUUUUUCUUUUCUUUAACCGUUCGAAAAUAACCGAUCACCAAAAUGUUAUUAGUUGUAUGGCAAAAAAUUGAUUAAAUCGUCGGUAUCUAUCUUUGAAA